AAAUUGAGAUUGAUUUUUUUAGAAAGUGUCGGUCUUUAUUGGUAGCUUAAAAUGGCAUCAAUGGUUGCCAAGGGCAGCAGUAGUGGUCAAGUGUCCAUUUUUAUGUCUGUCCAAGAAAAAGGAAGUAGGAAUAAGCGGAAGUACAGGGCCGAUCCUCCUCUAGGUGACCCAACUAAGAUUAUACCUUCAACCCAGAAUGACUACUCGACUUAUGAAUUCUGUGCGGAGAAAUAUGAACUCACCCCAGGUCAUGGUCAAGCAAAUGCAUGUGACUUGUGUGGUGUUAAUCAAGAUCAUUCUGAUGGAUUAAAACUUGACCUGGGAUUAUCUAGUGCUGUAGAUUCAACUGAGGUUGGGCCAAGCCAGCCAAGAGAGGAAAUAGAGGUAGAUGAAUUCCAGGAUGCUGAUUGGAGUGAUCUUACUGAAGCUCAGCUGGAAGAACUUGUUUUAAGCAAUUUGGAUGCAAUUUUCAGAAGUGCAAUAAAAAAGAUAGUUGAUUGUGGUUACACUGAAGAAGUUGCUACAAAGGCUGUCGCUACAAAGGCUGUCUUAAGGUCUGGCCUCUGGUAUGGUGGUAAAGACACUGUUUCAAAUAUAGUGGAUAACACCCUAUUGUUUCUUAGAAGUGGCCAAGAUAUAAAUUCCUCAAGGGAGCAAUGUUUUGAGGACCUACAGCAGCUAGAAAAGUAUAUAUUGGCAGAACUUGUUUGUGUUCUUCGUGAGGUUCGGCCUUUCUUGAGCACUGGGGAUGCAAUGUGGUGCCUGUUGAUUUGUGACAUGAAUCUAUCACAUGCUUGUGCGAUGGAUUGUGAUACACUGGGUGGUUUUGUUAGUGAUGGGGCUUCAAAUGGGAGUUCCCCUCCUUCUGGCCAACCCCACUUGAAAACAGAAGCCAAAAAUUCUCAAAUGAAUCUGCCAAGUCCCUCCAAGCCUAUUCAUCAAACUCCUUGUUCUCAUAGUUCUCAGUCAGAGGCACCAACAAUGGGAGUCAAUAACACCGCAAAAUCGAAGAAAUCCCUUGUUCUUGGUGGUCAAGUCUCAGAGAAAGAGGGUGCAAACUGCACCUUUGAUGCUAAAGAUAAAACUUUUAGCAUGGCAGGAAUGUCUCCGUCCCCCACCUUGGAAGAAAAGUUAGUCUGUAGCAGAAAAUUUCAUUCUACCAAGAGAGAAUACAUUAUUCGGCAAAAGGUACUUCAUAUAGAGAAAAGCUACAGGACAUAUGGGUCUAAAGGCUCAUCUAGAACGAAAUUGAGUGGACUUGGAAGCUUAAUCUUGGACAAAAAACUAAAAUCUGUAUCUGAGUCUGCUGCUGUUAAUAUAAAGAAUGCUUCCUUGAAGAUUGGUAAGGCAAUGGGAGCUGAAGUAGCUCAAGAUAAUGGGAAUAACAAUCAUUCUGUCAAUCCUGGUCUCCCUUCCCCAGCAUUAUUUUGCUUAGACAGUGUUAAUACUGUUUCUCCAUUACCUACAACAGAUAUAACAGCACCUUUAUCCCCAGCUGAUAAUCCACUUACUUCACCUGCAAUCAAUACCACUCCUGCAACUGCUGAUACUGAACUGACUCUUUCACUGCCUACCAAAAGCACCUCUAUUGGUUCUCAUUCUAAUACACGUAAUUCCAGUUUUGCUGGGAUGUCAUGUGAUAGGUCCCCGGGGCAGUGGGUUCCCCAGGACAAGAAGGAUGAGAUGAUUCUGAAGCUGGUUCCCAGAGUGCGUGAGCUGCAAAAUCAGCUUCAAGAAUGGACAGAAUGGGCCAAUCAGAAAGUUAUGCAGGCUGCUCAGAGAUUAAGCAAGGACAAGGCUGAACUUAAGACCCUUAGGCAAGAAAAAGAGGAGGUUGAGAGGCUCAAGAAAGAGAAGCAGACUUUGGAAGAGAACACCAUGAAGAAGCUUUCUGAGAUGGAGAAUGCCUUGUGUAAUGCUGGUGGACAGGUGGAGUGUGCUAAUGCUACUGUCUGUAGGCUUGAGGUGGAGAAUGCAGCACUGAGGCAGGAGAUGGAGGUGGCUAAGUUACAUGCAGUUGAGUCAGAUGCAAGCUGCCAGGAGGUAUCCAAGAGGGAGAAGAAGACAUUGAUGAAAUAUCAGUCAUGGGAGAGGCAGAAGGCAAUGUUCCUGGAAGAGCUCAUGGCUGAAAAGCAUAAGGUUACUCAGAUGCUACAGCACUUAGAGCAGACUAAAGUUCUUCAGGAACAAUUUGAGGGUAAAUGGCAACAAGAACUGAAUGCAAAGGAAGAACUACUUAGUCAAGCUACUGCAAUAAGAAAAGAGAGGGAACAAAUUGAGGCUUUGGCAAAAUCAAAGGAUGACAUGAUAAAAUUGAAAGCAGAAACCAACUUGCAGAAGUACAAGGAUGAUAUUCAGAAACUAGAAAAAGAAAUUUCCCAGUUGAGACUAAAGACUGACUCUUUAAAAAUUGCUGCACUUCGAAUGGGCAUUGAUGGAAGCCAUGCUGUCAAAGUCACUGACCUCAAAAACAGUCCAGCUCAAAAGGAAUCUCACCUGUCAUUUAUCUCAGAAGUGGUAACAGGUUUCAGCAACUUCUCUGGGAGAGGAGGUGUGAAACGUGAACGGGAGUGUGUGAUGUGUCUAUCAGAGGAGAUGUCUGUGGUUUUUCUCCCUUGUGCUCAUCAAGUUGUCUGCACAACAUGCAAUGAGCUUCAUGAGAAGCAAGGGAUGAAGGACUGCCCUUCUUGUAGGAGUCCCAUCCAGCGGCGUAUUCCUGUACGUUAUGCUCACUAUUAAAUUUUACUCUGGAAGUGAGUUGAGUGUUUUGAAUAAUGUUUGUGGGACUCCUUUUGAAUCCAAUAAUGCAUUUGAGUUAUACCUUUCAAAAGUUCAGACAAUAAAACUUCUUACAUUUAAAGGUUGAUGCUUCAUAAUAAUGCUUUCCCCUUUGU